CCAGCAGUUUCUGCAUUGCCCCCUCAGAAAAUUUGAAUCAAUCAACUUUCCCUCCAGAGGUUUCAAUUGCACCGGCCAGGGCACUAUGCACAUGACGACUCGUUUCGAAUUUCGGUCAUAGAAAUCUUCUGCUCCAGGAGCUUCAUUUUGCCAUUCAGUUCCUUGUUCCUUCGAUCGUUUCAUAGUUAUUCGAAUCACAUUCAUUUCCUUUCCAUUCUGCCGUUAUUUUUUUUUUUGGGUUUCUGGGACAACGAUGCAGAAGACGAAUCGGCGAUCCAAGCAAUCGACCUCUUCAAAUGAAAAGCAACAGUACGAGGAGAGGAUUCGCGAGCUCGAACGACAAAACAAAGCGUAUGAGAUGGAGAUUGAGGAACUGAGGCAACAUGCAAACGAUUCAUCUGCUCCUAACCAUGGGUUAGAAAAGCUUAAAGAAGAUUAUCUUCAAAAGCUCAAUGCACUUGAACUGCAGGCUGCAGAAUUGAAAAAGAAACUGAACUCACAGUCCCAAUUCUCAACCCAAAGGAAAAGAGGUGAUGACGCAACAAAACAGUCCCAAUUUGAGAUUCAGUUUUUAAAGGCUCAGAAGGUUCAACUGCAAUGUAAGAUGAAGCUAGAGUCUGUGCAAUUUAGAUCAUGCAAGGCCUCACUGGAAAAAGAAGUUCUUCAGCUUAAGAAAGAGAAAAGAAAAAAUGAUUAUGAGGUUCAGAAGUUGCUGGCUUCAAAUCUGAGACUUAAAAUGGUAUUGCAACGCAAGACAGAAGAAGCUUCUGUGGCUACUAAACGGUUAAGGGAGAUGAUAGAAUCUCGAAAGGCUAUAUCAAGUAGGACAGCUGGCGCCAUGAAAGUCAAUCCAAGUCAGGGGUUGGUGCAGGCUACUGAACAUGAGCUAGACGUCACAACACAUUUACAUGAAUUAUGUUCUCAAUAUGAAUCCCAAAUUGAAGAGAUGGCUGAAGAGAUAACAAAGCUGAAAGAAGAGGCUGAGAUGCAGAGGCAGGAAAAGUUAAGGCCUCCAUUGCAGCAUGAAGAUUGUGACAGUUUGAAGCAAGAUUUAGAUAUUAAAGAUCUAAAGGAACAAGUAAAUGGCCUAGAUUUUCUGCUUAGACAGUUGCGUUUACAAAAGAAGCUUAAUCACAGGAAUGAGAUGCAGAAUCUGGUUCGGCCUCUUUUCUCUGAUGGUAAUCAUGACAAGCUAGAUGAACAAAUGAAAACACCAGAAAUGAACCUCUCCAGUGAAACAGAGGCGAAGAUGGAUGAAUCUGAUGGGCUAUGCUGCUCAUGUAGUAAAAAGUCACUGUGUAAGACCAACAAAUGCAGAUGCCGGUCUGCUGGAGGAAGUUGUGGAACAUCAUGUGGCUGUACACGCUUCAAGUGCACAAAUAGAGAACUGAACCCUAUGGCGGCAGAUGAACCACCAAAAUCAGGAAAUACAGAAAAUGUUAAGACAGCUUCGGCUUCGGCUAUUCAAGUACACAAUGGAAACAUGAUCGCUUCUGAAGGUGCAAAACUACUAGAGAGUGCACUUCUUGAGAAACCUGCUGCCGUUAGGGACAACCUGAGACGCAAAAAGAAGCCAUUAUGUGACAUUCAGAACUCGCGGGAUGACUUGAAUGCUAAGAUACCAGACAAGAAAAAGAAUGGGAAGAAGCCUACAAUUCAACUAGUUACCGAGGAUCCAUACUCCCUGCCAGAAAGUAUCAACCACACCGAUGAAGAUUAAGACAGCGCACAGCCUAAAAACCUAAGGUUAAACAGGUUGGUUGGUGACGCUGGCCACAUCAUCCUGAAGCAUACAAGAUUUUUUUUUUUUUUUGGUUUUGAAAUUUCCCCCUUUUAAGUUGUCGCAUUGAUUUUGCCGGGAACUUUGGUUUAAAGGAAAUGACAUUCCUUAACUGUGAGUUGAAAACGAGUAUCAAUGUUGGCGUGUAGUUAAUCGGCACAAUACGGGAAUUUCCCGCUAAUAAGUGUGAUUGAGAGAAUUUGGGGGCCUUUUGAUUUGGUCACGGAAUUUUCAAGUUAAAUGAGUCAUUGACUCAUUGUUUA